AUGUCUCGGGCCAAAGUGGCACCUAUAAAACGCCAGUCAAUUCCCCGCCUGGAACUGAUGGGUGCUGUUCUGGGAGCACGGCUGAGUCAACCAAUCUUGAGUAUGCAUUCGUACCAAAUUACCCGCACUGUUUUCUGGACGGACUCUAGGACCGUAUGCAGCUGGCUCAAUUCAGAUCAGCACCGAUACAAGCAGUUCGUAGCAUUUCGGAUCGGCGAGAUACAAGAGUUAACGAAGGUGACAGACUGGCGAUGGAUACCAACCGAACUCAACAUCGCAGACGUGCUGACGAAAUGGGGUUUGGGUCCUCCGUUACAUAGCAAAGGAGAGUGGUUCAAAGGACCAUCGGUCCUGUACCGUCCACAAGAAGAUUGGCCAACGCCAGUAUCGGCGAUCGGAGAAACUGACAAGGAAGCUAGAGGAGUGGUUCUGUUCCACGGAGUGAUCGACGUCGAACCGAUUUCUCGCUGGACCAAACUAUUGCGAGUGACAGCCAACAUGGUGCGUUUCAUCGCCAACUGCCGACGAAAGAGAAGAGGAGAGUCGAUAGUCACUAUACGAGCUACGGAGAAGCAGAAGCAGCUGAUCCGAGCGACGGGGGCGAAUUACGUGUCAGUGAUAGCACCACUUGGACCGGAUGAGCUCCAGCGGGCUGAAAGAAUCCUGUGGCAGCAGGCUCAGUGGGACAGUUCGAUCUAUAAGAGUUCACAGGUACUGGAUAACGAGGGCGUCCUGCGCAUGGACGGCCGACUUGCAAAUUCCAAGGAAAUCCCAGUCGACAAAAAGUAUCCCAUAAUCCUGUCGAGGUCACAUGAGGUUACGCAGAAACUGAUCCAGCACUAUCACGAAGAAUUCGGACACGCUAAUUCGGAGACAGUUUUCAACGAGAUGAGACAGCGGUUCCAGAUUGCGAAAAUGCGUACGGCAAUACAGCAGGUCGUGAGUAAAUGCAUCUGGUGCAAAGUCCACAAGUGCCGUCCACGAUCACCAAGAAUGGCUCCCCUUCCUGUUGAACGGGUCACUUCUAAUCUUCGGCCUUUCAGCUCCGUGGGGCUAGAUUACCUGGGUCCGGUGGAAAUCACGGUUGGACGGCGUAAGGAGAAGCGUUGGGUUGCUGUUUUCACCUGCUUGGCUAUACACGCAGUGCAUCUAGAAGUCGUUCACAGUCUCACUACGGAAUCGUGUCGGAUGGCCAUCGCUCGUUUCCGUAGCAAGUUCGGCAAACCAAAGCAAAUCUUUUCUGACAAUGCCACUUGCUUUCGGGGAGCAAACAACGAAAUGAUCAGGAUGAAGCGUAUAAACGAAGAGUGCGCAGAAAUCGUGAGCGGUUCUACUACCUCCUGGCAUUUUAUUCCGCCGGGAACGCCACACAUGGGAGGAGUCUGGGAGCGGAUGGUGCGGUCGGCGAAAGAAGCGAUUCGCGCACUCGACGAUGGAAGAAAGCUGAGAUCCUCGUGA